AGCAACGCUUAUUUUCUUCUCAACAUUUGAAAGAGAGCCAUCUAGUGGUGGACGUGCCAAACUCACGCUAGUGAAUAGUGAUUUUUUGAUCUCUGUGCAGUGACCAAAGAAUUUGCCGUAGAAAAAUGCCUGGCGGUCGUCCUCUUUGGCAGCGUGCUGGCAAGCGUGAGCCAGAAAAGGAAGAGGAGGCUCAAAGAUGGAUAGAGGCGGUGAUCGGAGAGAAGUUUCCUGCCGACCUACCUUACGAGCUGGCCCUCCGAGAUGGCAUUAUCCUCUGCAAACUGAUGAACAGGCUGCAGCCGGGUAUCAUAACCAAGGUCAACGUCUCCGGAGGCGACUACAAAUACAUGGAUAACAUUAAUCAGUUCCAAAAUGCGUGCGUCAAAUACGGCGUGCCUGACGUCGAUUUGUUCCAAUCGACCGACCUCUGGGACCAAAAGAACAUUGCACUCGUCACACAAACUAUCUUUGCUCUUGGAAGGACGGCGUACAAACACCCGGAAUGGCGUGGCCCCUAUCUCGGGCCCAGACCUGCGGAGGAAAACCGUCGCGAAUUCAGCGAAGAUGUUCUUCGUGCGGGACAAGCGGUUAUAGGUCUUCAAGCUGGCACGAAUAAAUUGGCCAGCCAGUCUGGACAGAACUUCGGUGCGUCCCGAAAAAUCAUCCUCGGCAAGUGAAGUACCAGGAUAUCAGAGAACUAAGAUAUUUAUAAUUGUAGUUAUUUAUUCCGAUGAUCAAAUAUAUCGGUAUUU